GAAUUGUCCAGCCAGGCAACCAGCUUCAAGCAACUCCAUUGCCCUCGACACCAUCGACACUCUCCCCUACGGCCCAGUGUCCAGUGAACAGGCUAGUGAGGAAGCGUCAGCGCCGCUGAAGAGGCAUUGCGCAUCGUGCUUCCAGUCUGUCUUGGCACGGGCACAGGUCACCACACCCAGCAAGCGCGAAGUCCAAGCGCUCGGCCGGUGUUUCGUGCGAAGCAAGUGGCAGGCAGUAAAGGGACAGAGCUGCAGUAAGAAUCGCGGCGUAGACGUUUCUCCUUCGAGCAUUUCAGCUCACCACAGGGAGAAAAAGGAACGUGUCUCCAGCAUGUACAGCGCACGUCCCCUGCCAGGGCCACCCGAUGGGCAUGCACCAGGAUAUCUGACUGCUUCAUACACGGGGCACCACACCUCGCCUGGAACGCGACCGGUACCUCUUUAUUCAAGCCCCGGCGCACCGCCAUCAGCGACAGUACCAUCCAACGCGAACCGACCAGGCAUGAUGCCACCUUCCGGACCGACGGAGCGAGAGAUGAUGGAGCGCUACGGCGCUAGCCCAGGGCACGGCCCCUACGCCGGACCCGGUCCUAGCGCAUAUCAUAGCGGGCUUCCUGCGCCAGGGCAUGAUCCAUACCUCGAUUACGCCUCUGCAAGAAGGCAGGAGGAGGUGGCACACCGCCAUCACGCAAACCGCGAUCCUUGGGGCGGCGCACCACCGCCUCCACCCGGCACCGGCCACAUGGGCAUCUCCAUGCCUCCGAACGACCCGAGAUAUGGCGCACCACCAACCUCGUUGCAGUCGCAGGGCCAUCCGCAUGCCAUGCCUGUUCCCCCGCAACAUGUACCGAGCGGAGCGGGGCACCCCAACGCUGACGCUCAAUCUGGCAAUCCCGCAAAAGGGCAAUCAGCGCUGCCGUCGGCGAUCAAGUCGGGGUCUCGAUCCAAAGCUCGAUCUGGUCAAAGCGCGCACAAGGAGCGCAAUGGAAAGCAUGGCGGUGCCGAGCCCAAAACAAGCACUGCUGUCGAGAGCAGCAGCUCGAGAAAGUCAGGCGGGGCCAGUGGAAGCAAGAGAGGAGAGAGCAGCAGCAUUACUUACAUGAACAACGGGACGGUUACCAAUAGCGUUGCGUCAACUGCUGCCGCAGCGCCGAUAGCUGCAGCAUCUGCCGCUGUGAACACUGGAGAGAGCAAGAGGGACAAGAAGAGAAGAGAAGUGAUCGAUAGGAUGCAUCGUGUGCACUGGGAUACCCUCGAGAAUCGAGAUGUGCUAUACCAAGAGCUGCAAAUGGCCCUUUCAAAUUCGUAUGCGACGCUUCUCGCAAGCCCAUCGCAUUUCCGAACGUACAACCUCGCCAUGGCACGGCUCACGCUAGAGCGUGACGCAGAAUUACGACAGUCUGCGCUGCUGCAUGCGUACAAGGUCGAAAGUGCGCGCCAGCAGCACGAGAGCGAGAUGAACAAGAUCGAAGAGGAGGCCAGGGUGGCGAAGAAGAAUGUGCGAGAGCAGUUGAUGAAGAUGGUGGAAGAGCGGAGGAGAAAGCUCAAGGAAGAGAAAGAAAAUGGAGAGAUUGCGAUGGACUCCUUCAUCGAACAAGCACAGCGAUCGCACCCGACCCGCUCAUUGCGCAACAAAGCGCAUGGCGGCUCACGAGCUCGAGGGCGAGGCCUGAUGGACGAUGCUGACGAAGGUGACAAGGGUAACGUGGCGAACGGGGGACUUGGCACCGCUGCUGCUGCUGCUGCUGUUGUUGUUAAUGCCUCUGCUGGCGAUGCAGGUGCUGAUGGCCGCUCUGGCGUUGGCUACUUGGGCAUCGGCACGGCUGCGAAUGGCCUCGGCAGCUUGCUGCAGAACCAAGGCCACACUUCUGCGCAAGUGCUUGGGCUCAUCACUGCCGGUAGGCUGGGUCUUCAAUUUAACGGCCCGUCGGUGGGGGCGGAAGCCAAAGGCAAAGGAAAUGGGAAGAGCAAAGCGCAGAUUGGGGAUACGACUGGCGAGCGGCCAGACGCAAAGGACACAGAUGCCAUCAUGACUAGCGGAGAUGCGCCCGGGACGGCAGAAGGACUAUCUACGACGACAGCAGCACGAGCAGCCAAGGUCAACGGCUUCAAGCGGACGUUCGAUCAGGUCGCCAUGCUAGAAGCGAUUGCAGCGAUGGAAGCUUCCAAAGGCGAAGGCACCAGUUCUGGCGACUUUGUCGGUAUGGAUGCUGCGCCGGUUAACGGCUUCUACCUGACGCCUGCCGCGUUCCUGGAUGCGCUCGGCCUCGGAGGGCCAGGCAGUGGUGUCGGAGCCGCCGCUGCUUCCGCCGGCGGCCUCAACGGGAUACUGGAAGGAACUGGCGCGCACGCACCCAGCAUCAUCGUUGGGCCUGGUGGCCCGAACAGCGCAAAGAGCAAGAAGAAGGCGAAGGCGGCGGCUGCUGCCGCCGCCGCUACCGCUGCGGCGAGCAUCGGCGCAGAUGGCGCCGCAGAAGGCGCAGCAGGCUCGAGCGCGGUGGCUCUUAACGGGUCGCUCGUCGGCGCUGCGUCGCAAGGCACAGGAGGCUCUUCUGCGGCUGCCGCCGCCGCUGCGGUCGCGGCUGCAGGGCCCGGAGGCAGACUGCGCUGGGACGUAGGAAAGAGCCUGCAGCAGCUCACCGCUGCGAAGGACUUUGAGAUAGAGAGCGAUCUGAUCGGCGUGCGCAAGAUUGGCGGGAAACGGAGCAGGAGGCGGUGAGGAGGUUGGGUCAUGUAUUAUGUAUCGCGGUCGCAGUCAUGCUGGUGUUGGUACUUGCCAAUG